AUGGACCAGCAAAGGGACAAGUAUGGAGAGCGGCCCUCCCGGAGCACCAAAGUGUCCCAGGGCAGCCGCGGCGGGCACCCCUCCAGGCCCUCCGGCUCCUCCAGCUCCUCCGGGGUGCUCAUGGUCGGACCCAACUUCCGCGUGGGCAAAAAGAUCGGCUGUGGGAACUUUGGGGAACUGAAGCUGGGUAAGAACCUUUACACCAACGAGUAUGUGGCCAUCAAACUGGAGCCGGUGAAAUCUCGGGCCCCACAGCUGCAUCUCGAAUACCGCUUCUACAAAACACUAGGAACCACAGCCGAGGGGGUCCCGCAGGUGUUCUACUUUGGACCCUGUGGGAAGUACAACGCCAUGGUCCUGGAGCUGCUGGGGCCCAGUCUGGAGGACCUGUUCGACCUCUGCGACCGCACCUUCUCCCUCAAGACGGUCCUCAUGAUUGCCAUCCAGCUGCUCUCUCGAAUGGAAUAUGUGCACUCUAAAAACCUAAUCUAUCGAGAUGUAAAACCUGAAAACUUUCUGAUUGGACGACAAGGAAACAAGAAGGAGCACAUUAUCCACAUCAUUGAUUUUGGCCUCGCGAAAGAAUACAUCGACCCAGAGACAAAGAAACACAUUCCAUACAGAGAGCAUAAGAGUCUGACUGGAACGGCACGAUACAUGUCCAUCAACACUCACCUGGGGAAAGAGCAAAGCCGCCGUGACGACCUGGAAGCUUUAGGACACAUGUUCAUGUACUUCCUGAGGGGGAGUCUGCCCUGGCAGGGACUCAAGGCUGACACGCUGAAAGAACGAUACCAGAAGAUCGGAGACACCAAACGAAACACUCCUAUCGAAGUGCUGUGUGAGAACUUCCCUGAGGAGAUGGCCACGUAUCUGCGUUACGUCCGGAGGUUGGACUUCUUUGAGAAACCGGACUACGAGUAUCUGAGGACGCUUUUCACCGAGCUGUUCGAGAGGAAAGGAUACACGUUCGACUACACCUACGACUGGGUGGGGCGCCAGAUCCCCACUCCGGUCGGCUCAGUCCACAUCGACUCCGGAGCCGCCGCAGUCACGCGAGACCCGCACCGGGACAGACCCGCACAGCACCAGCCGGUCCGGAACCAGGUGAGACUCAUCUGUGUCUAUCGAGAACCGUUGUGA